AUGGCUCCCGAGGAGCUCGCCAGCUCAGCCGACUAUGAUUACCCACCGGUGACCAACGUGACGGGGAACUGGGAGGUCUCCGGGUGGGAGGUCUUCUUCACCACCGUCUUCAUCCCCAUCCUCUACUCCUUCAUCUUCCUCCUCGGCCUCCUGGGGAACCUCUUUGUCAUCGUGCUGAUGGCCAAGAAGAGCGGGGGCAAGAGGAUGGUGGAUACCUUCGUGCUGAACCUGGCAGUGGCCGAUGUCAUCUUCAUCUGCACCUUGCCCUUCUGGGUGGUGGCAGGGGCACGGGGGAACCGUUGGCCACUUGGUGAAGGGCUCUGCAAGGUGAGUAGCUAUGCCAUCGCUGUCAACCGCUGCUCCAGCAUCCUCUUCCUCACCGCCCUCAGCGUGGAGCGCUACCUGGUCAUCAGGAAGGUGCUGGACACCAAGAUGAUGGGUUCCCGAAGGCACGUCCGUGUCACCUGCGGCAUCAUCUGGGCAGCGUCCCUCAUCCUGGGCGCCCCGUCCCUGGUGUACCGGCGGCUGGAUGGAGAUGACUGCUGGGAUGAAGAUGGAGAGGACUUCAGCUUGACCAUGGUCUUCCUCACCUUCCUCCUGCCUUUGGGAGUCAUCUCCUUCUGCUACUGCUCCAUCUACUGCCAGCUCCAGCGGCACGUCCGGCUGGGGAGGGGCGUCCGGCGUUCCCACCGUGCCAUCGUCACCAUCGUCGUAGCCUUCCUCUGCUCCUGGUUGCCCCUCAACGCCUGCAAGGUGCUGCUCUUCUUCCUUGCCAAGGGGACACUGGUCCUGUCCCAGGGGCAGGAGAUGGCCCUGAG